AUGGAUCAGUGCAACGAAGGCGUCCAAAGGAUUACUGGUCUGGAUCAGCAGGAUGGUGAUCCGGAGUGUUUAUUGGAAACGUUGUUCGAAAACUGCAAGGAAGCAGUUGCACAGACUACAGCUCUAAUAUGCAACGGAGAGCUAAUCGAGGAAAUCAAUGAUGAUCAAAAACAAUAUCUGAAAGGAUUUCAGAAACAAGAUCCGCAUGGCGUUCAGCUAAAAUCGAUCCAUCUCAUCAGGUUCAAACAGUUCCGAAGCGUUCAGUUCGGUCUGGCUGGGACAUUAACUGUAUUAGUUGGCCCGAAUAACGCUGGUAAAACUACUACGUUUCUUAUUCUGUAUUCAAAUGAAACGAAAGAGCUUGCACUGCGUGCUAGAGUUAUAUGGGUUACUGAAGAAGAAGAAGAUGAAGAAAAAAUUUUGGUGAUUAUUGAAACAAUGACUGAUGAAACGAAAUCUAUUAAUAUUAGACACGAUAUCUUAUAUCAUUACUACAAUAUGCGCGGUUAUGGACUGUCUAUUAUCGAUUACGAUAAAUUAAAGGAACUGCUCCCAAAUGUUAUAGCGUUUAAUAGUGAUACGGUGUUAACUGCAAAAAUAAAAGAUGCCUUGUAUGGUUAUCGGUUUGAUGUUAUUACUAAAGAAAUGGAGAUAGCAUUUCCAAGAUUUAAACUAGACUGGGAUAAGCAGAUACACUUAUCUGAUGGAAUUCGUGGGCUCUCAGAAGAUGCUGAUAUACGUUUAUGCAGUGAAGGUCUAUUACACUACCUAAGUUUGAUCUGUAUGCUAAUAAAGGCCGAUUCACGUACGAUGUUUAUUAUGGAUGACCCUGACGCACAUAUAUUUUUAAAUGCACAACGUUCUUUAAUCGAUUUUUUCCGUCGCCAAUUAACUGAUGAUAAGGGUUUUCGACAAAUGGUAAUCACAGCUCAUUCGCCUAAUGUUAUACAAGAAGCUUAUUUAAAUGAAUUAAGACAAGUACAUUCUGCAUUUUGUCAACAUUUGAGAUUACCUGAUUUUUUACAAUCACCCGUGAUAAAAUCUCUUACCGAACGUAAUGACUUAUUAGAAGAACUCCUGCCAUUACUUUCUUUCGUACUACCUCAGUCACACGGUGGUCGUUUCAACAAAGAACAAAUUAACAAUUUGGCGAGAGGAAUUAGCUCAAUGUUACCAGAAGGUCAAAUUUUACAUAUCUUUGUCUUAGUUGAUGCUGAUUUAAAGUUUAAAAGUAUUAUCAGGAACGAAGAAAAAGAUAUUAGGCAAUUAGGGACAUCGCCUGAAAAGAAAAGACUCUUUUCAACAUACUAUCAUUGUUGGGCAGCGAGAGAUUGGGAAAAUUAUUUAUUGUCUAACACAAGUAUAAUCUGUCAAAUUCUUACAAGCAAUGAACCAACAUUUCGAAAUUCUGAUGCUAUUCAAAAAUUUAGAGACAAAUUGAAAAAACGAUAUGAUGCGAAUAAUAAAAUACAAUCAAUUAAUACGGUUCUACUAUUUUCUGUUGAUGAUCUGUUGAAUCCAGCUAAACUCAUCUAUGUUAAAGAACAUAGUAAUGGAAAAUCAUUAGGAUUUGGAAAAAGUGUUACGUGGCUAG